AUGCCGACGACGAAGAAGAAUCCUCCUCCUCAAAAGCCGGCGGCGAGAACCUCUCGGAGAGGACAACCGCUCGACCCAGCCGUGGCGGCUUUUUUUGACCCGAAAACGAGCGUCACGGCGGAAUUGUUAAGUCCAGGAGGCGGUGGUGCAGGAGGAGCAACUUUUUCCCUCAAGAAGAAGAAGAGUAGUAGUAGUACUACUACUACGAAGAAGAACAACAACGAGAAGAAGAACAAACCGUUGCAAGUGAAAAAGACGGUGGCGACGAAAGUGUUGGCCCCGCGAGGGGGAGCGCCGCCUGCAAAGAAGAAGAAGACGCCGGCGAAGAGAGGAGGGAGAGCGGCGCCGGCGGCGAAGAAGACGGCCGUUCCGAAGGCGCCGCAGAACUCGACGCAGUACAUCAUGGCGGAAAGAAGACGGAAAUCGAAGCCGGAAAGACCGAUUAAGAGUUUGACGUCGCCGAGAGCGGAACGGCUGGCCAGUCCGGGCGUGCCGCCGAAGAGUAACUUGAACAUGUUCGGGAGCAUGAUGCCGCAAGCGAUGAAGGAAGACGAGGAGGAGAUGGACGACGGAGAGGAUUUGCAAGAGUUAAUUGGGGAUAUUUUCAACGAAAAACCAGUCGCAGUUGCGGCGAAGAGGAAAGUUGGCAACAUCGGUGGUCAAGGAGGGAAGAAUACCAAGUCUAACGCGGAAUCGAACUUAUACGACGCGCAGAACACUUUGAUCGAGUCGCAGGCGAAGAGAAUUGGCGAGUUGCAAAACGAAAUCAUCCGGUUAAAGAUGAAACUGAGAGACUUUGAGGACGAGAAGAUGAUGGCGGAUUCCAACGCCAGUCAGCGUCUGAUGGAACGCAUGAAAGGCUUAUUCAAGUUCUAA